AUGGCCUCAGGAAAUCACAGCAGUAUCACAGAGUUCGUCCUCCUGGGGUUAUCUGCUGACCCCCAAGUCCAGGUUCUACUCUCUGCUUUGUUCCUGAUGAUUUACCUCCUUACUCUUCUGGGCAACCUGCUGAUGAUACUCGUCAUCCACACAGAUUCGAACCUCCACACACCCAUGUAUUUUUUCCUGAGCCACCUUUCCUUCCAAGACAUCUUCUAUUCUUCAGUCACUGUCCCCAAGAUGCUUGAGAACCUCCUGUCUCAGAGAAAGACCAUUUCAGUAGAGGGAUGCUUGGCACAGGUCUUCUUUGUGUUUGCCACCACAGGAGUUGAAGCUUGUCUGCUCUCGGUGAUGGCCUACGACCGCUAUGCUGCCAUCUGCCACCCUCUGCUCUAUGGUCGGGUGAUGAAUAAACAGCUCUGUGGAAGACUGGUGUGGGGCUCCUGGGUUGUGGCCUUUCUGGACGCGCUGGUCAAUGUUCUCUUGGCUUUGGAUUUGGAUUUUUGUGAGAGUCAAACCAUCCACCAUUACUCCUGUGAGCUCCCUUCUCUCUUCCCUCUCUCCUGUUCUGAUAUCUCCACCAAUGCUGCCAUGUUGCUCUGCUCUGCCUUACUGCAUGCCAUUGGGACCUGCCUCCUGAUAGUUUUCUCCUAUGCUCGCAUUGUCUCUACCAUCCUCAGUAUCCGCUCCGCCACAGGCAAAAGCAAGGCCUUUUCCACUUGCUCCUCUCACCUCACUGCAGUGCUCUUGUUCUACGGUUCAGCCAUUGCUCGUUACCUCAUGCCAACCUCAGGUUCACCUCUGGAGUUAAUACUCUCCAUACAAUACAGUGUGAUCACUCCCAUGCUGAAUCCUCUCAUCUACAGCUUGAAGAACAAGGAGGUUAAAACAGCCCUGAGAAGAAUGACGCUAAACUAUUUGCAAUGUCUUAGAUAG